AUGACACAGAAAUCGGAAGCACUUUCACAUUAUAUGAAAACUCUUGAAAUCUGUCAACAAACACUUUCUCCAAAUCAUAUUUCAUUGGCAACAUCCUACAAAAAUAUGGGUGAUUAUAUAAACGAACUUUCAUUUUAUGAGAAAGAGUUGGAAACCUAUCGACAAAAACCUCCAUCGGAUUCUCAUGACUUAGCUCAAGCUUACAAAAAUGUCGGCACAACAUAUAUGAACAUGGAAGAAUAUUCGAAAGCAUUCUUAUUUAUGGAAAAAUGUCUUGAAAUAUUGGAGAAAACAUUAUCUCUGUCUCAUUUCCAAUUAACUGAAGUCUACAGCAACAUUGGUUCGGUUUAUUACAACAUCGAAGAGUACACAAAAUCACUUUUAUUUUAUGAAAAAGCUCUCGAAAUUCAACAACAGAUACUUCCUGUCGAUGAUGUUACUUCUGCUGAACGUUAUAAUAUGAUUGGUUUUGUCUAUUAUCAGAUGGAGGAGUAUACGAAAGCAAUUCCAUUUUUUACAAAAUCCAUUGAAAUUUUAGAGAAAACAUCACCUAUACAUGAUUCUAAUUUGACUCAGUUUUAUCACAACAUUGGAGUGGCUCAUUCUAACAUUGGAAAAUAUACAGAAGCUAUUUUGUUUUUUGAAAAAUCCAUCGAAAUUAACGAACGAAUUCGCAUUCCAAAUCAUUCUUUGUUGACUGCAUCCUAUGAUAAUAUACGUUUCGCAUACAAUGCGCUAAGAGAUUACAUGAAAGCACUUACAGUUUCGAAAAAAGUUCAUCACAUCUAUGAACAAACAUUUCCUCUCAAUUAUUCUUUGUUGAGUGUGUCCUGCAACUAUAUCGCAAUGAUCUAUUACGAUAUGAGCGAAUAUUCAGAUGCACUUUCAUUUCUUGAAAAAUCUCUGUCCAUCUUGAACGAAAUACAUUCGUCAUCUCAUAUUGAUUUAGUUCUAUGUUACAACAAUAUUGGUUCAACGUAUCAUAAGAUGGGUGAAAAUUUGAAAGCUCUAUCAUUUCAUGAACGAGCUCUUGAGACAAAUCAACAACUAGUCCCACCGGAUCUCUCUUUUAUGGCACAUUCUUACAAUAAAAUUGGUUUAGUUUAUAUGGAUAUAGAAGAAUAUUCGAAAGCACUUUUAUUUCAUGAAAAAGCACUUGAAUUAUACCAGGAAAUACUACCACUGAAUCAUUCCGACAUUGAAUCAAGCAAACAAUACAUAGAAAAUGCCAAAAAUAAACUCUAA